GACAUUAUGACAUCAGUAUCCAAUAAAGGGAUUUUCCGUUUCCUGUUAUUGUCCAUCAUCAUUUUGGGCUGUUUUUUAGCUGCGUUGCUAUAUGUAAAACCAUCCAGCACCUGGAUUUAUGCUCCACUGGAAUCUGCCACAUCAGCACCAGGCUUGAAGAAUACUUUUGUGACGGAUGCUGAAGAGAAUAAAACUAUUGUGCUCAUUUGGCUUUGGCCUUUCGGUCAGACAUUUGAGCUUGAUUCUUGUAAAUCUGAGUUUAACAUCCAUGACUGUCACUUGACUGUGAAUAGGAGCCUCUUUAACAAGUCGCACGCUGUCCUUUUCCAUCACAGAGACAUAACUGGGGACUUGUCCAACUUGCCCACACAACCUCGGCCAACUUUUCAGAAAUGGGUUUGGAUGAAUCUGGAGUCACCUAGCCAUGCUCCUAAAAGGACUGGACUCGACCAACUCUUCAACCUGACCUUGACAUAUCGACGGGAUUCAGAUAUCCAGGUGCCUUAUGGGUCUCUGACAAUGAGCAAAGUCCCAUUAGAUUUUGAAUUGCCCAGUAAAAGCUAUCUGGUGUGUUGGGUUGUAAGCAACUGGAACUCUAACCAUGCCAGAGUGAAGUAUUACAAUGAACUCUAUAAAUAUAUUGAAAUCAACACUUAUGGGCAAGCCUUUGGGGACCGCCUGAGCAAUGAAAAAUUGAUCCCUACAAUAUCUAGUUGUAAGUUCUACCUUUCCUUUGAGAACUCAGUACAUGAGGAUUACAUAACCGAAAAGCUCUACAACGCCCUGCUUGCAGGCACUGUGCCCGUGGUCUUGGGGCCAUCGAGAAAAAAUUAUGAAAAUUACAUUCCAGCUGAUUCCUUUAUUCAUGUGGAUGAUUUCAAAUCGGCUCAAGAACUUGCAGCCUACCUGCAUAAGCUGAAUGAUAAUGAGGACUUGUACAUGAACUACUUCAAGUGGAGAAAGUAUUACACAGUGCGGAUAGCUCAUUUCUGGGAUGAACAUGCAUGUAACGUGUGUGAGAAUAUAAAACGCCAUCAAGAGUAUCGAUCAUGUUCUAGUUUGGAGAAAUGGUUUUGGGAUUGA